AGGCAGAAGGCCCCCCCUGGCCCCCCGCCGCGGGUCUGCGGACUCAUCUGGCUCCUUCCGGCUCUGCAAAGUUAGAAAGUUUAACACGGGAAAGGAGUUGGGAAAGCAGGCUCCAACAGCUUGUUGCACGCAUGCGCGACUUUUGCUCUCGGUUUCCUUUUGGCGCCGCAGGGCACUGAGAGUCCAAGAAAAAUUUCCCUUCGGCGCGGAAGAUGCGCGCCACUUCCGGCCGGGCUCCUAACAACGGGGGAGGUUGGUAACCAGGGAGGGGGGGAUGGCGGAGCGGGCGCCGGAGCCCGAGGCGGAGGCGGAGGCUGAGGCGGGAGCAGGCGGGGAGGCGGUGGCCGAGGAGGGCGCGGCGGGCCGCAAGGCGCGGGGUCGGCCACGGCUCACGGAGUCGGACCGAGCCCGGCGGCGGCUCGAGUCCCGGAAGAAGUACGACGUGCGGCGUGUGUACCUGGGCGAGGCACACGGGCCCUGGGUGGACCUGCGGCGCCGCAGCGGCUGGAGCGACGCCAAGCUCGCCGCCUACCUCAUCUCGCUGGAGCGCGGCCAGCGUAGCGGCCGCCACGGGAAGCCUUGGGAGCAGGUCCCCAGAAAGCCAAAGCGGAAGAAAAGGCGGCGACGCAACGUGAACUGCCUGAAAAACGUGGUGAUCUGGUAUGAGGACCACAAACACCGCUGCCCAUAUGAACCGCACCUGGCAGAGCUGGACCCCACCUUCGGUCUGUACACCACGGCCGUGUGGCAGUGCGAAGCCGGCCACCGCUAUUUCCAAGACCUGCACUCACCCCUCAAGCCGCUCAGUGACUCAGACCCUGACAGUGACAAAGUGGGCAAUGGCCUGGUGGCCGGCAGCUCCGACUCGUCCAGCUCCAGCUCUGGCUCCGACUCCGAGGAGCCCCCUGAGGCCCAGCCAGCCCAGGCAGUAGCAACAGCGGCCGUUACCCCCACCAGCCCGGUGGGCAGCAGCGGGCUUAUCACGCAGGAGGGUGUGCACAUCCCCUUCAACGUCCACCACGUGGACAGCCUGGCCGAGCAGGGCACCCCACUGUGCCCUAACCCGGCCGGCAGUGGACCCGAAGCCCUGGAGACAGUGGUGUGCGUGCCGGUGCCCGUGCAAGUGGGCCCGGGCCCCGGCACCCUCUUUGAGAACAUGCCUCAGGAGGCACUGGGAGAGGUGGUGGCCAGUUGCCCCAUGCCAGGCAUGGUGCCUGGCUCACAGGUGAUCAUCAUCGCAGGACCUGGCUACGACGCCCUCACAGCCGAGGGCAUCCACCUCAACAUGGCAGCAGGCAGCGGUACCCCGGGCCGGGGCCUGGGCAACGAGGUACCCUGCACCAUGAUGGAAGGCGUGGCGGCCUACACGCAGACAGAGCCCGAGGGCAGCCAGCCUGGCACCAUAGACCCCGCAGCCAUGGCGGGCAUCGAGACCAAGAAAGAGAAGGAGGACCUAUACAUGCUUAAGAAGGAGGAAAAAGAGGAGCCAGUGGCCCCAGAGCUGGCAGAACUGGCAGCGACCAUCCCCGAGAGCGCCGAGCCAGAGCUGGAGGCCGAAGGGGAAGAGCUGGAUGGUAGUGACAUGUCAGCCAUCAUCUACGAGAUCCCCAAGGAGCCCGAGAAGAGGCGGCGGAGCAAGCGGACGCGGGUGAUGGACGCCGAUGGCCUGCUGGAGAUGUUCCACUGCCCCUACGAGGGCUGCAGCCAGGUCUAUGUGGCCCUCAGCAGUUUCCAGGAAGACCACCCUUGUCCUCCAGGACUGGUGGGGCCUGGAGAGCCUACAGUUUGCCCACUGGAGCUUGAUUGGGAUACCCCAGGAGCAGAGACAGUGUCUGGUCCCAUUCCCACUCCUGGCACAGGAAGAGGUACCAGCGGGCCUUUGAAUCUGCUGAGUCGUAUUUUCAUUAAGCACGUCUGGAGCCCCCACCCCCAUGUGCCAAGCCUGCUGCUGGGCCCUGGAGCUACAGUCAUGCUGGUGAAUUAAAGAAUGAAACAGCAAAGGAAUGAAUGACUCAGGCAGCCCUGGCACCAUGGCAGAGAGGUUGCUCUGGGGCUGACAGCCCUGGAGCCCAGUCCCUGCCCUCACACUGCCCACCUGUAAGAUAUGGGUCAAACCACCAAGCCUCCAGAGCCUUGGUCUCCCAGCCAUCAACUGGGCCUUCACAGGGUUAUGAAAAGGUUGACUGAUGUCCCAGCCCAGAGCCUGGCUGUAGCAGGUGCUCAGGAAAGCUGCUGUUUGAUUCCAGUUGGGCCCCGAGGCUCCAGCUUAGGGCUGGGAGACCCCUCCAAGAGCAAGGGCACCCCUCUUCCCCCCUCCACAGAGGCCGGUCCCUGCCUGCCUCGCAGCUGCUCUCAUCUGUCCCCACCGGGACAAUCUCUGGAGGGGGGCUCACGGCACCUCUCUGGC